AUGGAAAUAAAGAAAAACAAUGAAACAAUGUCUAUGGAGAUAAAGAAAAACUCUAUGGAAAUGAAGAAAAACAAUGAAACAAUGUCUAUGGAGAUAAAGAAAAACUCUAAGCUAGCCUUAUUAUCUUCUUGCUUAAGAGAUUUAAUUUCGAGCACAAGAUCUUCUAAUCUCAAGGUUGAAAACAGUGAUGCUCAUGCGUCAACAUCAAAGUCGGGUUUUGCUGUUGAAGUAGUAAGCACUAAUACUGAUAGUGAGGAAGGCGGAAAUGACAGCAAAGACAACACUCUAAAGAAAAAAAGAAAAUUGAAUUAUAAUCAAAAAUUCAGGCAGGAUUGGCUCUCUGAGUUUAAGUGGCUAAAUAAUUCCUCUUCUAAAUCAAAGUUAGGCCAGUCAUUUUGCAAAGUUUGUAACAAGACUCUCACCAAUAAUUAUUCCCAUUUAAAAAGACAUGAGCUCAACAAAUACCACGAAAAAAAAAUGAAAGCCGCAAAAAUUUCAAUUUCAAUACCAGAGACUUUGUUGAACCAUAGAGAGCCAGAUAAUCUAAAAACACAAAAAGAAUGUGAAUUAAAAAUGCUGGCAUUCAUAGCAGAACAUAAUUUGCCCCUAAAAUUAAUGGAUCAUUUACCGGCAUUUGUUAAGAAUCUUUGCCAGGGCUCAAAAAUAAUAAAAAACGUUCAGUGUGGAAGAACCAAGGCAAACCUUAUCACCAAGUAUGCAUUUGCUAAUGAGCGCAUAGCCCAAAUUAGUGAAAAAAUGAGGAAAUCAUUUUAUUCGCUAAUCAUUGACGAAACUACAGACUUGGGGACAGUAAAAAGUUUAGUUAUUGUUGUUAGGUUCGUAGAUAAUUAUAAGGCUAAAGAUCAUUUUUUAGCUUUAACAGAAUUAGAAAGUGCUAAUGCGGAAUCUAUAACAGAGCCAAAAAUUGCGUACUCUGGCGACAUUCCUAGCUUGACUAAACUUCUUAAUUGCUUUCCUGUUUUAAAAGACAAAGUAAAUAUUGAAGAACUUAAUUUAGAAUGGAGAAGCAUCCCUGACUUAAAAGAAAUGAAAACACAUUUAGAUGACAUAGAGACCUUUUGGUCUCUUUUGUUAUGCCAAAAAGAUGACAAUAACGAUUUUCAGUUUCCAAAUUUAAUAAUUGUUACAACUUAUGUUUUUUCUUUACCGCAUUCCUCGGCGUCAGCUGAACGAAUGUUUUCACAAUUGUUUUUAAUGAAAACUAAACCCAGAAAUAGAAGGAAUAUUACGUAUUCCAUGGUUGUCUCAUCUCUAAGGAAAUCUGAUGUCAACAUUGUUUCGGUGCUGUGA